AUGACCACUCAGGCCAAACAGGCCCCAGAUGGUUCAGGUUGUCUGGACAACCCAGACGAGCAGGCGGCCCAGAUCAGAAGAGAGCUGGACGGGCGCCUGCAAAUGGCAGACCAGAUAGCUCGGCAUGGUGGAAGGUUUCCCAGGUUCGCAUCUAGAGAGAUGGAGGCCAUGUACAUCGAGGAGCUGCGAUCGUCCGUCAACCUGCUGAUGGCCAACCUGGAGAGCAUGCCCGUGGCCAAGGGAGGAGAGUUCAAGCUGCAGAAGCUUAAACGAGGCCACAAUGCAUCCAUCAUGGACAUGGGCCAGGAGGACGAGAACACGCUGUCCAAGUCUGACGUGGUGCUGUCCUUCACCCUGGAGGUGGUAAUCAUGGAAGUCCAGGGUCUGAAGUCAUUGGCUCCAAACAGGAUUGUUUACUGCACCAUGGAGGUGGAAGGAGGACAUAAACUGCAGACGGACCAGGCCGAGGCCUCGAACCCACUUGAACUCCCUUCACCUGCCCACCACCCCCCAGCCCCCCGUGGUGGUGACAGGAGAUUUCAAGUCUUUGGGUGA